UUCGAGAGGGGGUGGGAAUGUCAACUUUUUUCGGUCUACGCACGCCUGUUUUCAAGACUAUUACGGACUGCCCUGCGUCAAGGAAUGUUUUACCGCUGGGAUGCAGUCAGAGAGAAGGUACAGCAGGCAGUCCAUCCUGAAAGAUCCCCACCCAAGGCACCAGGGCUUUCAGACACCAGCCACAGUGCCGGAGAUGGGGCAUGGCAGAUCAUCCAGGACCCGCAGGAGAACAGACAUCAAUGAAUCCAUCCAUCAGCUGGCCAGGCAGCAUAGCCCAGAAACCUUGCACAUGGUUGCACCAGUCGAAGUCAAAGUCAACCUCACUCCACAGGAGAGAACAAGCCUCACUUUUGAAGAGAUUAACAACGUACAUCUUGAGUGUUGCAGAGGGAUGAGGCAGUUCUGCCACGAGCUGACAGACUCCAAGCGGCGCGACGUGUGGGGUUCCUGGGGCUCGCUGCAGCCUUACUUCAAAGAUGUGCACGGCCGGGAUCACCUCUUCAAUGACCUCUUCAGCACCUACUCCUGGACCUGGACGUCCGCUGCCAACAUGGUGGAGGCCAAAGAUCUCCUUCCCGCGAUCCCUCUUCCUCAGACGCCCCUUCCCCCUCCCACACCCGCUCCCUUCACGCGCAGGAAGUGGUGGCUGCCCCACCGCAUCCCCAACCACUACCACCGCUCCACCAGCCUCACCCCGCCCAUACCUACAGAACCACGUUGCACGUCAGUGACCCCUCUGACCCCUCUGUCUCGUCAGAGGCGGAGUCGCAGCGUCGCAGCCGUGAGCUUUUCGUCUUCCCGGUGUAGCCCUUAACAUUGCGUAUUUUGUAUUCUAUACUAAUCGUUAUUAUCAUUUAUGGAAUAAACACUGAUGGAAGCAUACGGAA